AUGUGGACAGUAUUCGGUUUAUCAGGUUAUCAUACAUCAUUAGUAUGUCGAGGAUUUUCAACUCAUGAAGAUAUACGUCAUUUCCCACGUAUUGUAAAACAAGCUGGUCAUAAAAAUCCUUAUUCACAUAAAAAUAUGUUCUACAAUUAUGUUUAUACACUUUGUGGUCCACAAAUGCCUAGCCUUUUACGCGGUUGGCGAAAAGUUGGCGAAGAUGCUUGGCCAAUCGGCGCUAAAGAAUUGGAUUCCUCUUCGAAUGAGCAUAUUCGUGAUUCCACUGACAAUCCAUCGAAUGUAUCUUCUGUCAUUAGUAAACAUAAUCCACCUAUUCCCUUACCUAUCGAUAUGUUAAAUAAUAGAAAUGCUUUUCAUUACAAUUCCUCAUAUGAUUGGUCACCUUAUCCCUCAGAAUCACCACAAAUUCCAAUUAUUCGUCAAGAUGAAUCAUCCGAUAUUUAG